AUGUUCGGUAUAUUUGCUGACAAGGCUCAGCUCGAGGACCUGCCAGCAGGCUCUUCCAAGACACCUGUAGUGGAGCCUCAGGGUGGUGAUAACGAGAACGUGGGUGGCGAGUCGUCGGCUGCGGAGCAGUUGGCAGUAGAGCGGCAUCUGGCAGCUAUCGAACUCAGUGAUGCUAAGGCUGAGAUUGAGGAACUCAAAAAGCAGUUGUCUGACUCGGUGGCGGCACAUCAGUCGUCUCUAAGCCAGUUAUCAGACGCUAGGAACCAACUAGAUGAGACCAUGAGUCAAGUAGCUAAGCUUGAGGGACAAGUGAACAGUCUGAAGAGCCAGAACAAGGGGUUGACGACGGACUUGAGUAAUGCAAAGGACAUGUGGAUGAAAGAGUCCACCCGUGCCUCGAAGCUCCAGGAUGAGCUUAACACGAGGGAUGACCAGAUAGCUGAGGACUCGCGGAGGUUAGCGGAGAUGGCGGCGACCAAUGAGGCAUUGCAACGGGAGAAUGCUCAGUUGAAGAAGCUCUUUGAGGGCUCUGAGCAGGAGGUAGCGGCAAGGGCUAGGGCUGCUGAUAACAACUUUGGACGCAUGAAUGAGAGUUACUUCGGUGAUGCCCGAGUACCACCAACGUCAUCAAGGACACCAGCAGCUAUGGCGUCCAGUUUGGAGGAUAUGGUCGCUCCACAAACUGAUGGGUUUAUAAGACCUCUCACCACAGCUACUACUGCCUUUACAUCGGCACCAUUGGGUACGGCUGGCUCUCCAAUGAAGACGACCAACUUGGGGUCAGCAGGUGUUAGUGGUGGCGCCCUCCUGCCACACAACGUUGGGACGCCAGCCACUGUGGAACGGUUCCGAGCACUUAUAGGCGCUCAGGAGGGAGUACUAUAUGAAGAUGAGAUACUUCAAAUCGGUCUUCAAUCAUCCUACACCUGCGGCAUGGGAGAAGGUCAGGUUAGUAUAUACUUCGGCAAUAAGAGCUCGGGAGCUCUCGACGGCUUUACCGUUGAGUUGAUAUCGGGCGACGAUAUAACCCUAACGCCGACAGAGGCGGUCCCCACAGCUAUCAGGGCUAAGCAGCAGAUACGGUUGACAGUGAAGGCAGUGUGUACUAAGCCGACUCAGCAGAUCCCGAUGAUGAGUGUACUAUGGGGCGGAGCAGUGUUGGAAUAUAUCUCUGGUUCCCUCAACUAA